AGUCCGCUUUGGGAUGGAGCAGAGAGACGUGAGCAAUUGCAAGUUAGAAUCAAGUCAAAGAUCCUUUAACUUGCACACUUUAUCAGUUGAUGUUUGUUUAUUAUCUCAUCACCACAUAUUUAUUUUCAACCCGAGUCCCCAGUUUAGUGUUACAACUUAGUAGAUGUUUAAUGAUUUUUAAAUAAAAGCGGCCCUUUAAAAAAAUUAAUGUUCUAAGAGUGAGAGUCUAAGCGAUUCAGAUCAUUAAAGUGACGUUUGUGGAAUAGCGAAUAUGCCGUCGAUGUGGUAACACUUCCCACCCAAGUAAAUCUAUAUAAUUUACAUAAUUUGUAUGUAGUUCUGUAUGAAGUUUGAAGUUACUUGCUUAGUGCGAUGGAUUAUUCUAUUACACAUACAUGGGACAGCAUACCAGUUAAUCAUAACCCUGUAACCAUACGCUUACAACCAGGAGAUGGUGGCCUGCUAAUGGAUGUGCGUGGGCCAUUUUUUAAUGACCCCCCAGCCCCAGCUGGCCCUCCAGGGGAGCCUUUUGAUAAACUCUGGGAUUAUGAAGUUGCUGAGGCAUUCUUUUUAAAUAGUACUACAGAGAAAUAUUUAGAGGUCGAGGUUUGUCCUCAUGGCCAGCAUUUGAUACUACUCUUGCAUGGCAGAGGAAAUGCUUGGAAAAGAGGAUUGAGUUUAAAAUAUGAAGCUUCCAUUGAGGGAAAUGAAUGGCAUGGAAAAGCACUUCUUCCAUGGAGGUACUUUCCUCCUGGUGUGAAUAAAAUGAACUUGUAUGCAAUUCAUGGAUCUGACCCUAGAAGAACUUAUGAAGCACUUUAUCCGGUUCCAAGGGAGGACCUCAAACCAGGACAGGGGCCAAAUUUCCAUCUUCUGGAAUACUUCCAAAAUUUCAAUCUGAAGGACAUAAUGGGAAAUGAUUUUCUACAGCCUGAUUCGGACCUGUGGAGCACAUGCUGCUGAUUAGCUAGAAUAUUGCUUAUGAGUACUGCAUAGUAAUAAUCCUUAAGCACUUCUACAUUUCAUGAAGGAGCGAUACUUUGAAUCAUUACAUCAGAUUAUUGAAGCUACAGUGCUGAUGAAACACCUCUCAUAUUCAGUUGAGUAAUUAUGGUUUUGUUAAGUAUCUUCAGCCAUUCAAUAAUACAUUAUUAAGAACAUUCUCUUGGUUAAAGAAUAAAAUUUGAAAAACAUA